GAGAGAGUGAGAGGAUGCGAAUGGCAUUAGAAGGCAUGGAGAACAACCAAACUAAGCAGUUGGAGUACAUCCUUCACGUUAAUGGAGGAGAUGGCUUUCAAAGUUAUGCUCGCAACUCUUCCCUCCAGAGAUUGAUAAUGAAUAAGGUAAGACCAAUGCUAGAGGAGACAGUGAAGACCAAUGUUAGAGGAGACAGUGAAGGCUUUCUAUGCAAAAUCCUUGUCUGAGAAAUUUUCCAUUGCGGACAUGGGUUGCUCCUCAGGACCUAAUGCCUUAGAAGCCAUGUCAGUAAUCAUUAACACAAUAUUUACUCAGUGCAAAGAAAAAGGGCAAACUUCUCCUGAGCACCUAGUGUUUCUCAAUGAUCUUCCUGGUAAUGAUUUUAACAAUGUUUUUAAAUCACUGCCUCAAUUUUAUGAGAAGCUCAAGAAACAGACAGACUUGGAAAUGGAAACUUGUUUCAUAUCUGGCAUGCCAGGAACAUUUUAUGGGAGAUUAUUUCCUAGUGAAACCUUAGAUUUUGUCCAUGCAUCUUGCAGUGUACAUUGGCUUUCUCAGCCCACCCCACCUGCUCCUGUUGAACCUGCACCAGUUGUUGAUUCUGUACUUGUGCCUGCAUCUCCUCCUACCACUACUCUCCAUCGUUCUACUCGGCUUGUUGGGAGUCUUGUUUAUCUCACGUGUAGAAAAAAACAAACUGUUGUUGCCCGUUGUAGCACUAAAUCUGAAUAUCGUGCUCUUGUUGAUGCUACAUCUGAACUAUUUUGGUUACGGUGGCUAUUAACUGAUAUGGGUGUUACUCAUUCUUCUGCCACCAUACUUCAUUUUGACAAUAGAAGUGCCAUACAAAUUUCUCAUAAUGAUAUCUUUCAUGAGCGUACCAAACACAUCGAAAUUGAUUGUCAUUUGGUUCUAGAAGGAAUUGAGAAUAACAAAGGAAAUAUCUACAUAUCAAAGACAAGCCCAAAGAAUGUGUUUGAAGCAUAUUUGGAUCAAUUUCAAAAGGAUUUUUCAUUAUUUCUAUGUUGUCGAGCAAAGGAACUCAAAUCAAAAGGUCAGAUGAUUUUAACUUUACUUGGAAGAAGCACUUCUGAUCCAGCCUGCAAUGAUUGCAUCCAGUUCUGGUAUCUAUUGGCUCAAUCUCUUCUUGAGAUAUCAAGAGAAGGACUUAUUGAAGAGGCCAAUGUGGAUUCCUUCAACAUGCCUUACUAUACUCCUUUCAGUGGAGAAGUGGUAGACAUAAUUGGAAAGGAGGGUUCUUUUGAAAUUAAUAAUCUAAAUAACAUUAGACUGAAUUGGGAUCCAAAUGACAAUGAUGAGAAUCAGAAUUAUGCCUUCAACAAGAACACAAGUGGAAAAAAUGUGGCCUGUCAUGUAAGAGCUGCCUCAGAAUCCGUGCUUGUUAGCCAUUUUGGAGAGGCCAUAAUUGAUGAAUUAUUCUUAAGGUACUCUAGAAAUGUUGGCGAGCAUUUGUCACAGGAAAAGACCAAGUACAACUUCGUGGUUAUUUCUAUGACUAAGAAGUCAUAAAAAUUAGACUUGA